AUGGCCGGCACUAGAAACUAUGACUUCCUGAUCAAAUUACUACUGAUCGGGGACUCUGGAGUUGGAAAAUCGUGUUGCCUUCUGCGUUUCAGCGAGGAUUCAUUCACGCCGUCGUUCAUCACUACUAUCGGUAUUGACUUCAAAAUUCGCACCAUUGAACUAGAUGGAAAACGGGUAAAACUCCAAAUAUGGGAUACGGCCGGGCAGGAGCGCUUCAGAACAAUCACAACAGCUUACUACAGAGGAGCAAUGGGAAUCCUCCUUGUCUAUGAUGUCACCGAUGAACGUUCAUUCCAGAACAUCCGUACAUGGUUCUCAAAUGUCGAGCAACAUGCUAGUGAGGGUGUGCAUAAGAUUCUUAUUGGAAAUAAAUGCGACUGGGAAGAGAAACGGGCCGUGACAACGGAGCAGGGCCAGCAGCUUGCGGACGAAUUGGGGAUACCUUUCCUUGAGGUCUCAGCCAAGAACAACAUCAACAUCGAGAACGCAUUUUACAACCUUGCAUCCGACAUCAAAAAGGGAAUGGAUACUUCAAAAUCCGAACAAACUGGCCCACAAGGUGUUAGCAUAGACAACCAAAGCUCGGCUUUGAGCAGCAACAGUGGUGGAAAAUGCUGCUGA